AGUCACGAUUGCCACGUGUUUAUGCAGCGACUUCUCCCCUUAGCAAUUAGGAGGCUUCUACCAAAGGAAGUUUGCGAGCCAUUGAUUGAGUUAAGUGCAUUCUUUAGAGAAUUGUGCUGCAAGACUCUACAAGCUGGUGAUCUAGAUGACCUCCAAACCCGAAUCGUGAUGACACUAUGCAAACUAGAGAUGAUAUUCCCUCCUUCAUUCUUUGAUGUCAUGGUACAUUUGUGCAUUCACUUGCCUAUGGAGGCUAAGAUUGCUGGACCAGUUCAAACAAGGUGGAUGUACCCAGUGGAACGGUUCCUGCGCACCCUUAAGUCGUAUGUUCGUAAUAAAGCACAUCCGGAGGCUUCUAUAGCAGAAGCAUAUAUAGGUGAUGAGUGUUUGACAUUUUGUUCAAGAUAUAUUGAUGGGGUUGACACCAAGUUUAACAGGCCUCGAAGAAACAAUGACGACAACGAAAGUUCUAGUAGAAAUCAGGAAAUGGAUAUAUUUGAUGAUGUGGGUCGUCCAUUGGGGAAAGAAGUCACCGAGACGUUGGAUCCUGAAUGGAGACGAAAGGCUCACUUAUAUGUCUUAAAUAAUUGCAAAGAAGUGUGGCCUUUUAUAGAGGAGUUCAAAGCUAGUCUACCUCCAAUGAAACACUCUGAUGUGAUAAAGCGCUAUAAUUCUGACUUCCCUACGUGGCUUCGAGAUCAUGUGACUCGUUUGAAACAACAAGGUCAUGUCCAUGUUUCUAGAGAUUUACAUGAUUUAGCUUCAGGACCUAUCAUGCGAUACAAAAAGUAUACCGGUUAUAUUGUUAACGGCUACAGAUUUCACACGUUAACUAGAGAGCAAUCAAGAAAAAGUCAAAAUAGUGGGGUACUCUCAAGAGGCGAUGAUAGCUCUCCCCAAAAGGAGUAUUAUGGAAUUCUUGAGGAGGUGUGGGAGUUGGAGUACAUCGGGAGAAGGAAGAUUCACUUAUUUAAGUGUGAAUGGUUCGAUGUUUCGCGUAAAAGUGGGUACACUGUAGACGAGUACUCAAUCAUGAGCGUUCGG